AUGACAGACGAUACGAGUCCACAGGGUCUCACUACACCCGACCUGGAGAACACACGGCCUGUGUGAGUUGUCCUGAGCCUCUAAUGAAAUGAAAUGGACUGGACAGAUUUUUCUGAUGCAGAUUGAUAUGUGAAAAUAAAAUCUUGUGGUCAUGUGACCUGCUCCCAUAACUUGAAACUAACUACAUUGUUGAUGAAGAGUGCACGUUUUAUUAGAUUAAUUCUCGCUGGGAAGGGGUCAGGGUAGAAAUGUACCAAAUGAUAUAAUUCACUGAAAGUAUUGUACAUGAAGACAUAGCCCUCUAGUUUCAGUUUGUGGCCAUAAAAUGUGCCUUUAAUUUACUGCAGAGGAUAACCAUUGGGCAUGAACAGUUGUUUUAUUGUGAGGUACUAGCCUACACCCCCAGGGUGAUUUAAUGUCAACAACAUUAUUCAGGAAAUACAGUAGAUGUGGUUUCCGAGCACAAUGGUAGCCUCACACAUUGGUGAAAGCUCCUAAGCUAUGUUUGAUUGUCUGAAGGCCUUAGUUUUGUUUUAUAUCUGAGGAUAUUGUGCCUUGAAAAUGAAACUCAAGCAACUCUCCAACUAUUGCUCCACAAUGCAUUUAAUGGAUCUCCAACCACUAAACACAUUGCGGGGCAUACAGGAAUGCCAGUGUGCUGGACCUCCUUUCUCUAAUAUGAAAGUUUUUCCUCUAUGCACCUAGAGCUGUGUAAAGUGUGCAAACAAGCCUCUUUUCAAUUGAUCUUGAGCUUAAAAUCCCUACUCCACUCUCUCAGUAAACUUGCUUACCUGGGUCCUAUUCACUAGGAACCAAGCGGAAGCAAACAGACUGAAAUGGGGAGGGACUACCUGAACUUGUCCAAUAAGUAACUCUUGUUUUUCGUUGGAAAAUGUUUUCCAUUGCAAAGCAUUUUGUUACAUUUUGCUACAGUGUGCACGAAUGGAUACACCCCUGGUGUAUUGACAGUGUUCCGGCAUCUCACCCUCAACUAACAGCACUACUUUUUAAAAAAAUGGCCAUUUAAAUUCAGCGUGUUCGCAGCAGAAAGUGAUGCUAAUAGAAGCGAUGCCAGGGAAGCUUUAGUAAUUGUCCUGAAUAUACAGCGACAGAUGUGCUGACUUGCUAAGAAACCUGUUAUUCAAUUUGACUGACUCCCCUGAGCUUCCUGUCAGAGGCGCACACACACACAUUUUGUUUCAUACAUACUGUCUGUUUUAUACUGAUAAUAUUCAUUCUCUUUUGGAUAGGUAUGUACUGUCAAGCACACACACAGACACACACUCUCUCUCUCACUAACAUAGAUAAUGGGCUGAGCAUAUGGCAUGGUCUUCUGUUCAGGUGGGCUGUAGAAGGGCGCUGAGGCCAGGAUUACACCGGGGUUGACUACCCCCUCGCGCGAGAAGGCUCAAACGAGCUAACCACGAGCCACAGCAAGAUUUCGGAGAAGAUCAGAGAGAGAGAAGAUAAGGAGAUACGAAGAGGCUAUGAUAGACUCGGAAAAGCGAAGAUCGAGGACAGGACUAAGAAGAGCUCGCGCAGAGAGAGAUGCGCGCAAGAGAAAGCGCUGCGCGCAAGGCGAGCGAGAACAGAAGAGCGCUCUCUAGGAGCCCUGCUCAGCGGGCAGCUCUCAACGAGAGGUAGAGAGACUCGCGAGAAGAAAGAAGACAAAAGAGAACUGCGCACAUCGAAGCGAAAUGACCGGAGCAUUCGCUCUCUCUCGAGAGGAGAGCUCUCUCUCUCUUACCUCUCUCUCUUCUCUCUAUGUCUCUAUAUAUCUCUCUCUCACUCUCCCUCUACCUUCUCCACUCUUUCUCUCUCGUCUCUCUCUCUCUACUUGCUCUCUCUCUCUCUCUCUCUCCCUCUCUAUUAUUUUUUUUUUGGGGGGGGGAGUGGGGGUGUUGUUUUGCAGUGAGCACAGAGACACCCUGUCUGUUUGUAGCCGUUUCCUCUAGCCCUGACUGACAGGGAGAAUAAUGUGUCUGGCCACCCCUCUCGCUCUUCCUCAUCUUAAAAAUAGCACUGAGUGCUGGAGACCGUGGGUACUUCCCAAAUGGCACUGGUCAAAAAUAGUGCACUAAAUAGGGAAUACGGUGCCAUUUGGAACACAGAGAGCCGGGAGUGACAUCAGAUACAUCUUAGUUAGCCCCGUCUCGGAAAUGAAUGAUUAUAGCUUUGUUGAAUGUUAUUAUUUCUGAUAAUGACACAUUGAUGGCAGGAUGUGGUGAAAUAUGUAUUGACAGGGUGAUGAAAGUGUAUCAUUACCAAGUGGAUGGAGCUUCUAGCAUAUCUACAUGACCUGGUUUCUUAUUUGACCAUCCGUCCAUUUUCCAGCCCAAUGAUGUCUAGAACCACCCACACUCAUCAGUCACUGUACCUAGACAUUGUAGGAUGCCAUUUGGGACACAGACGUUGAGUAAUGCAUUGAUCCUUGGGUUGAAGACUGGAGUUAAGAGACUCCUGCAUCACAAUAGAAGGAGUUAGUGUUACUCUUGUUCCAACAAUCAUAACAUGACGUAUGGAUUGACUCAGUCAGAACCAGUCCGUUGCCUGCGUUGCACGAGUUGGCUUUUUACUCCGAAACAGAAACAAAAGGUACACAUGUUUACUCGUCACAGUAUGAUUUCUGCCACCAUCUCAUUUCACUGACAUUUUCAGCCGCAUACGUACCCAAUUCGGGAUGUGUGUUUUAUUGUCUGUUUGACACACGGUCUUGUUUACUAUCAAACAGAUGACUGUCUAUUCUAGAUUAUUUAAAAUUCAGAACGAAAGAGGCUGAGUCUCAAAUGACACCCUAGUCCCUAUAUAGUGCACUACUUUUGACCAGAUCCCUACUGUAAGUAGUGCAAACAAUAGAGAAUAGUGUGUCAUUUGGGACUUAAUAGAGUAUUUUCCCUAGAUGCAUUACUGCAGGGCCAAGAUGUUAAUUCUCUGGUUGUAUUGUUAUGACCCUUAGCCAUUACUUCACAUUGACAUCUAGUCCCUCAAGCUUCCUCUGUCUGCUUCUGUCACAGCUUUAUGCGCUGUUGUUAAGUCUCUGUUUCCAGGGUUACGAUGCCUAAUUAAACUAUCAUACUCCCCUUUAAUUUCCAAUUUUUUAGGAGUGUCAGUUUUAAAGAGCCAGACAUAAAUGAUGUGGAUUGGAUAAUGGGGUAGUUUAGAUGAUGGUAUCCCCCAUGGGGAAAUGGGCUUAGCAUCUAUCAUGAGACAACAAUAAAGAGCAGUUAAUACUGUUCACCAGGUCUCUCUCUCUCUCUCUCUCGCUCUUUCUGUAUCACUCUAAAGAGGCUUAGAGGGGCAUGUGUGUUUGGGGCAUGAAUGAAGGUUUUGUGUGUUUGCGGACCGGUAAUCAAAACUGUAUGAACUUCAUAGAAAUGUAUUGUAAUGGUCAAAUUAUUAGAUAAUUUUCUUUGAGAUGUGAUCAUGUUUUUCCAGGACAAAGGCAUAUUUUUAUAGAUUUCACUUUCUCGUAAAAGUCUGCAAAGUUGGACGUCAGCUACAUAUUUUCCAGGGAAACCGGCCAAUUAUCUCACUGAUAAAACGUCCAAAACAAAGUAAAAGUUCCCAGAAAAGGACCGUUCAUGAUGACCAGUCAUUUAUUCAUGCCCAAGACAAAGUUACCUCACCAGAUGCAUUGAAGUGUCCAGCUUGACUCAAGGACUGUGGGUGCAUUCCGUGCGUGUUACACUGAGCCUUUUAGCCAUGCUGAUUGGUUAAUCUCAGUGUUUAACCAAUCAGGAGGUUGUUUGGGUGCAGUACUGAGAAGACCUUGCUCUGUCAGUGUCAGUGUAGUGGACUGUGAGAUCCGUUAGCAUGCUUUAACAAGUCUCUAAUGGAAUAAUGAGCCUGUGACCUCUCCCCCCUCUGGGACUUGUGACUGUGCUCCAGCUGUGGCAUCAGAAGUAAACAUCCACAUUAGACAAUUUGUCCAUAGAUGCUGAAGUGUGUAUUCUCUUGUGUGUGUCCCUGAGAAUACAUGUGAUCCUCUCAGCACAAAAAUAACUAGGUGUGUGUGUGUGUGUGUGUGUGUGUGUGUGCGUGCGUGCGUGUGCACGUGCGUGUGCGUGCGUGCGUGAGCUUACAUCCAUAUAACCGUGUGUGGGCUCUUAUGCAUGUCCCUGAGAUAACAUAAUGGUACUUUCAGCACAACACUAACACACUACCUAGCUAGACUCUUCUUUUUGUUGAUCUGUGUGUGUUCAGGCUUUCUCCUCACCCUGCUGUGUUUUCGUCUGCAGGUUGCCAGGGCCGACCAGGGUGUCCGCUGCAGGCAGCGGGGCCCCCAAGGGCCAAGGAUCCUCCAACCUCAACAGGAGGAGUCAGAGCUUUAACAGCAUCGAUAAGAGCAAGCCUCUCCAGUAUGCUAGUGGCAAUGACAGAGGUAGGUGAACCUAGAAUCAGGUAGAAGCAGGCCUGAGCCGUAUGAGGUGGUCCGGACUGAGCCGAGCCGAACCAAACUGUUCUAAGAUAGCCUUGUUACACAUCUUCCACAGUUGCUGGAACCAUGAUGAAAAAUACUUAAUGUAAAAAAGAAAAUUGCAGAACCAGCGCAGUUUGAUUAGGAUCGGCACAAUAGUGUGAAAACGGUAAUAUGGUGUCUAAACUCACCUUCCAUGAGGAUUAAACUGGAUAAAGAAAACAUCUAGGGUCUUAGAAUUAAUUAUCUUACUCCUGCGUUUGUACUACUGUUUUCCUCAGUAUCGGUCACUACCAUUCAGAAUUUAUAUUUCUGAGCGCAUGGUCCACAAAAUGCACUAGGUGGCGCCUCUGAUAAACACAGACACAGACAGACACACACACACACCCACUAUAGUCUCUAUCCGGCUCUGGCUGCAGGCAGGGCUAGCUAAGAAACCCAAUCAGUCCUGGUGUGGUUGGCCUGAUGGGACAGGCCCAGUUUCAUUAGCCAAGUUGUGUUUAACAUAAUGACACUACAGUCUGCUGAAUCAUAUCAGCAAUGUAGUUGACUAGAGUUGGACUGUAUUCCAUUAGGGAGAAGGCAAGGCAGUGCAUUUCACAGCAUGGUGAGUGGUGGUGGUUAGACUGCAGAGCUGUGGCUGUGGGGCUGAAUCACACCACGCACCACCAAGCAUAAUAACCUGCUAUAAUGACAAAUGUUGUCACACGCACGCUUUCCUUAUUUUAUUAUUGUCAUAUUACUUUUAUCAAAAAGUAAGUGGAUGAAAUAAUUUUUCUGCAUCCCAAAUGGCACCCUAUUCCCUAUAUAGUGCACUACUUUUGACCAGGGCCAUAUGGGCUUGGGGAAAAAGAGGCUACAACAAGGCUCAUCUUUUGUCAACGACCCCCUACCUUGUGGUUCUUUAAGUUUACAGUAAAUUCGUAGAUAUUGAAUAUUUGGCUGUCAGUAUUUUACAAUUCUCGUACAGUGUUGGUACUGUUCCCUAUACUGCAUAGUGCACUACAGUGUUGGUACUGUCCCUAUACUGCAUAGUGCACUACAGUGUUGGUACUGUUCCCUAUACUGCAUAGUGCACUACAGUGUUGGUACUGUUCCCUAUACUGCAUAGUGCACUACAGUGUUGGUACUGUUCCCUAUACUGCAUAGUGCACUACAGUGUUGGUACUGUUCCCUAUACUGCAUAGUGCACUACAGUGUUGGUACUGUUCCCUAUACUGCAUAGUGCACUACAGUGUUGGUACUGUUCCCUAUACUGCAUAGUGCACUACAGUGUUGGUACUGUUCCCUAUACUGCAUAGUGCACUACAGUGUUGGUACCGUUCCCUAUACUGCAUAGUGCACUACAGUGUUGGUACCAUUCCCUAUACUGUUAGUAGAGUUAUGCUAGUUAGUAGAGUUAUGGUCAUCAGUAGAGUUAUGGUCGUCAGUAGAGUUAUGCUAGUUAGUAGAGUUAUGCUAAUCAGUAUAGUUAUGGUCAUCAGUAGAGUUAUGGUCGUCAGUAGAGUUAUGCUAGUUAGUAGAGUUAUGCUAGUUAGUAGAGUUAUGGUCAUCAGUAGAGUUAUGGUCAUCAGUAGAGUUAUGGUCAUCAGUAGAGUUAUGGUCGUCAGUGGAGUUAUGCUCUUCAGUAGAGUUAUGGUCGUCAGUGGAGUUAUGCUCAUCAGUAGAGUUAUGGUCAUCUUAGAGUUAUGGUCAUCAGUGGAGUUAUGGUAGUUAGUAGAGUUAUGGUCAUCAGUAGAGUUAUGGUCAUCAGUAGAGUUAUGGUCGUCAGUAGAGUUAUGGUCGUCAGUGGAGUAAUGGUCAUCAGUAGAGUUAUGGUCAUCAGUGGAGUUAUGGUCGUCAGUGGCGUUAUGGUCGUCAGUGGAGUUAUGGUCAUCAGUAGAGUUAUGGUCAUCAGUAGAGUUAUGGUCAUCAGUGGAGUUAUGGUCGUCAGUAGAGUUAUGGUCAUCAGUAGAGUUAUGUCAUCAGUGGAGUUAUGGUCGUCAGUGGAGUUAUGGUCGUCAGUGGAGUUAUGGUCGUCAGUGGAGUUAUGGUCAUCAGUGGAGUUAUGGUCGUCAGUAGAGUUAUGGUCGUCAGAAGUUAUGGUCUUCAGUAGAGUUAUGGUCGUCAGUAGAGUUAAGGUCAUCAGUAGAGUUAUGGUCAUCAGUGGAGUUAUGGUCGUCAGUGGAGUUAUGGUCGUCAGUAGAGUUAUAGUCAUCAGUAGAGUUAUGGUCAUCAGUAGAGUUAUGGUCAUCAGUGGAGUUAUGGUAGUUAGUAGAGUUAUGGUCAUCAGUAGAGUUAUGGUCAUCAGUAGAGUUAUGGUCGUCAAUAGAGUUAUGGUCAUCAGUAGAGUUAUCGUCAUGAGUGGAGUUAUGGUCGUCAGUGGAGUUAUGGUCGUCAGUAGAGUUACAGUGGGGGAAAAAAGUAUUUAGUCAGCCACCAAUUGUGCAAGUUCUCCCACUUAAAAAGAUGAGAGAGGCCUGUAAUUUUCAUCAUAGGUACACGUCAACUAUGACAGACAAAUUGAGAAGAAAAAAAAUCCAGAAAAUCACAUUGUAGGAUUUUUUAUGAAUUUAUUUGCAAAUUAUGGUGGAAAAUAAGUAUUUGGUCACCUACAAACAAGCAAGAUUUCUGGCUCUCACAGACCUGUAACUUCUUCUUUAAGAGGCUCCUCUGUCCUCCACUCGUUACCUGUAUUAAUGGCACCUGUUUGAACUUGUUAUCAGUAUAAAAGACACCUGUCCACACCCUCAAACAGUCACACUCCAAACUCCACUAUGGCCAAGACCAAAGAGCUGUCAAAGGACACCAGUAACAAAAUUGUAGACCUGCACCAGGCUGGGAAGACUGAAUCUGCAAUAGGUAAGCAGCUUGGUUUGAAGAAAUCAACUGUGGGAGCAAUUAUUAGGAAAUGGAAGACAUACAAGACCACUGAUAAUCUCCCUCGAUCUGGGGCUCCACGCAAGAUCUCACCCCGUGGGGUCAAAAUGAUCACAAAAACAGUGAACAAAAACCCCAGAACCACACGGGGGGACCUAGUGAAUGACCUGCAGAGAGCUGGGACCAAAGUAACAAAGCCUACCAUCAGUAACACACUACGCCGCCAGGGACUCAAAUCCUGCAGUGCCAGACGUGUCCCCCUGCUUAAGCCAGUACAUGUCCAGGCCCGUCUGAAGUUUGCUAGAGUGCAUUUGGAUGAUCCAGAAGAGGAUUGGGAGAAUGUCAUAUGGUCAGAUGAAACCAAAAUAGAACUUUUUGGUAAAAACUCAACUCGUCGUGUUUGGAGGACAAAGAAUGCUGAGUUGCAUCCAAAGAACACCAUACCUACUGUGAAGCAUGGGGGUGGAAACAUCAUGCUUUGGGGCAGUUUUUCUGCAAAGGGACCAGGACGACUGAUUCGUGUAAAGGAAAGAAUGAAUGGGGCCAUGUAUCGUGAGAUUUUGAGUGAAAACCUCCUUCCAUCAGCAAGGGCAUUGAAGAUGAAACGUGGCUGGGUCUUUCAGCAUGACAAUGAUCCCAAACACACCGCCCGGGCAACGAAGGAGUGGCUUCGUAAGAAGCAUUUCAAGGUCCUGGAUUGGCCUAGCCAGUCUCCAGAUCUCAACCCCGUAGAAAAUCUUUGGAGGGAGUUGAAAGUCCGUGAUGCCCAGCGACAGCCCCAAAACAUCACUGCUCUAGAGGAGAUCUGCAUGGAGGAAUGGGCCAAAAUACCAGCAACAGUGUAUGAAAACCUUGUGAACUUACAGAAAACGUUUGACCUGUGUCAUUGCCAACAAAGGGUAUAUAACAAACUAUUGAGAAAUUUUUGUUAUUGACCAAAUACUUAUUUUCCACCAUAAUUUGCAAAUCAAUUCAUUAAAAAUCCUACAAUGUGAUUUUCUGGAUUUUUUUUCUCAUUUUGUCUGUCAUAGUUGACGUGUACCUAUGAUGAAAAUUACAGACCUCUCUCAUCUUUUUAAGUGGGAGAACUUGCACAAUUGGUGGCUGACUAAAUACUUUUUUUCCCCACUGUAUGGUCGUCAGAAGUUAUGGUCUUCAGUAGAGUUAUGGUUGUCAGUAGAGUUAUGGUCAACAGUAGAGUUAUGGUCGUCAGUGGAGUUAUGGUCGUCAGUAGAGUUAUGGUCAUCAGUGGAGUUAUGGUCGUCAGUGGAGUUAUGGUCAUCAGUGGAGUUAUGGUCGUCAGUAGAGUUAUGGUCGUCAGAAGUUAUGGUCUUCAGUAGAGUUAUGGUCGUCAGUAGAGUUAUGCUAGUUAGUAGAGUUAUGGUCGUCAGUAGAGUUAUGCUAGUUAGUAGAGUUAUGCUAGUUAGUAGAGUUAUGGUUGUUGGUAGAGUUAUGCUAGUUAGUAGAGUUAUGGUUGUUGGUAGAGUUAUGGUUGUUGGUAGAGUUAUGCUAGUUAGUAGAGUUAUGGUUGUUGGUAGAGUUAUGCUAGUUAGUAUAGUUAUGGUUGUUGGUAGAGUUAUGAUAGUUAGUAGAGUUAUGGUUGUUGAUAGAGUUAUGCUAGUUAGUAGAGUUAUGCUAGUUAGUAGAGUUAUGGUUGUUGGUAGAGUUAUGCUAGUUAGUAGAGUUAUGGUUGUUGGUAGAGUUAUGCUAGUUAGUAGAGUUAUGGUUGUUGGUAGAGUUAUGCUAGUUAGUAGAGUUAUGGUCAUCAGUAGAGUUAUGGUCGUCAGUAGAGUUAUGGUCAUCAGUAGAGUUAUCGUCGUCAGUGGAGUUAUGGUCGUCAGUAGAGUUAUGGUCGUCAGAAGUUAUGGUCUUCAGUAGAGUUAUGGUUGUCAGUAGAGUUAUGGUCAACAGUAGAGUUAUGGUCGUCAGUGGAGUUAUGGUCGUCAGUAGAGUUAUGGUCAUCAGUAGAGUUAUGGUCAUCAGUGGAGUUAUGGUCGUCAGUGGAGUUAUGGUUGUCAGUAGAGUUAUGGUCGUCAGAAGUUAUGGUCUUCAGUAGAGUUAUGCUAGUUAGUAGAGUUAUGGUCGUCAGUAGAGUUAUGCUAGUUAGUAGAGUUAUGCUAGUUAGUAGAGUUAUGCUAGUUAGUAGAGGUAUGCUAGUUAGUAGAGUUAUGGUCGUCAGUAGAGUUAUGCUAGUUAGUAGAGUUAUGCUAGUUAGUAGAGUUAUGGUUGUUGGUAGAGUUAUGCUAGUUAGUAGAGUUAUGGUUGUUGGUAGAGUUAUGGUUGUUGGUAGAGUUAUGCUAGUUAGUAGAGUUAUGGUUGUUGGUAGAGUUAUGCUAGUUAGUAUAGUUAUGGUUGUUGGUAGAGUUAUGCUAGUUAGUAGAGUUAUGGUUGUUGGUAGAGUUAUGCUAGUUAGUAGAGUUAUGCUAGUUAGUAGAGUUAUGGUUGUUGGUAGAGUUAUGCUAGUUAGUAGAGUUAUGGUUGUUGGUAGAGUUAUGCUAGUUAGUAGAGUUAUGGUUGUUGGUAGAGUUAUGCUAGUUAGUAGAGUUAUGGUUGUUGGUAGAUAAAACACAAGGAGGGGAUACUGUAUAUCAGUCCAUAAAACAGAGGGAGAGAAGGAGGGGGGAUGGUGUAAGUGUGGCGUUAAAAUAGUCUGUCAGAGUUCAGGGCCAGUCAAAGGGAGAGCAGGAGGGUUGUCCUCGUUUUCCUCAUGCUUCUCUAUCUCUACCUUCUUCUCCGCACUUUCACCUCCUCUCCCCUCUCUCUCUCUCAAUUCAAUUUCAAUUCAAUUUAAGGGCUUUAUUGGCAUGGGAAACGUAUAUUAACAUUGCCAAAGCAAGUGAAGUAGAUAGUAAACAAAAGUGAAAUAAACAAUAAAUAUUAACAGUAAACAUUACACUCAGAAGUUCCAAAAGAAUAAAGACAUUUCAAAUGUCAUAUUAUGUAUAUAUACAGUGUUGUAACAAUGUGCAAAUAGUUAAAGUACAAAUGGGAAAAUAAAUAAACAUAAAUAUGGGUUGUAUUUAUAAUGGUGUUUGUUCUUCACUGGUUGCCCUUUUCUUGUGGCAAAAGGUCACAAAUCUUGCAGCUGUGAUGGCACACUGUGGUUUUUCAUCCAGUAGAUAAGGGAGUUUAUCAAAAUUGGGUUUGUUUUCUAAUUCUUUGUGGAUCUCUGUAAUCUGAGGGAAAUAUGUGUCUCUAAUAUGGUCAUACAUUUGGCAGGAGGUUAGGAAGUGCAGAUCAGUUUCCACCUCAUUUUGUGGGCAGUGUGCACAUAGCCUGUCUUCUCUUGAGAGCCAGGUCUGCCUACGGCGGCCUUUCUCAAUAGCAAGGCUAUGCUCACUGAGUCUGUACAUAGUCAAAGCUUUCCUUAAAUUUGGGUCAGUCACAGUGGUCAGGCAUUCUGCCACUGUGUACUCUCUGUUUAGAGCCAAAUAGCAUUCUAGUUUGCUCUGUUUUUUUGUUAAUUCUUUCCAAUGUGUCAAGUAAUUCUCUUUUUGUUUUCUCAUGAUUUGGUUGGGUCUAAUUGUGUUGUUGUUGUUGUCCUGGGGCUCUGUGUGGUCUGUUUGUGUUUGUAAACAGAGCCCCAGUACCAGCUUACUUAGGGGACUCUUCUCCAAGUUCAUCUCUCUGUAGGUGAUGGCUUUGUUAUGGAAGGUUUGGGAAUCACUUCCUUUUAAGUGGUUAUAGAAUUUAACGGCUCUUUUCUGGAUUUUGAUAAUUAGUGGGUAUCGGCCUAAUUCUGCUCUGCAUGCAUUAUUUGGUGUUUUUCGUUGUACACUGAGGAUAUUUUUGCAGAAUUCUGCAAGCAGAGUCUCAAUUUGGUGUUUGUCCCAUUUUGUGAAUUCUUGGUUGGUGAGCGGACCCCAGACCUCACAACCAUAAAGGGCAAUGGGUUCUAUAACUGAAUCAAGUAUUUUUUGCCAGAUCCUAAUUGGUAUGUCAAAUUGUAUGUUCCUUUUGAUGGCAUAGAAGGCCCUUCUUGCCUUGUCUCUCAGAUCGUUCACAGCUUUGUGGAAGUUACCUGUGGCGCUGAUGUUUAGGCCGAGGUAUGUAUAGUUUUUUGUGUGCUCUAGGGCAACGGUGUCUAGAUGGAAUUUGUAUUUGUGGUCCUGGCAACUGGACCUUUUUUGGAACACCAUUAUUUUUGUCUUACUGAGAUUUACUGUCAGGGCCCAGGUCUGACAGAAUCUGUGCGGAAUAUCUAGGUGCUGCUGUAGGCCCUCCUUGGUUGGUGACAGAAGCACCAGAUCAUUAGCAAACAGUAGACAUUUGACUUCAGAUUCUAGUAGGGUGAGGCCGGGUGCUGCAGACUGUUCUAGUGCCCUCGCUAAUUCGUUGAUAUAUAUGUUGAAGAGGGUGGGGCUUAAACUGCAUCCAUGUCUCACCCCACGGCCCCGUGGAAAGAAAUGUGUGUGUUUUUUUGCCAAUUUUAACCGCACACUUGUUGUUUGUGUACAUGGAUUUUAUAAUGUCGUAUGUUUUUCCCCCAACACCACUUUCCAUCAAUUUGUAUAGCAGACCCUCAUGCCAAAUUGAGUCAAAAGCUUUUUUGAAAUCAACAAAGCAUGAGAAGACUUUGCCUUUGUUUUGGUUUGUUUGUUUGUCAAUUAGGGUGUGCAGGGUGAAUACGUGGUCUGUCGUAUGGUAAUUUGGUAAAAAGCCAAUUUGACAUUUGCUCAGUACAUUGUUUUCACUGAGGAAAUUAACUAGUCUGCUGUUAAUGAUAAUGCAGAGGAUUUUCCCAAGGUUGCUGUUGACGCAUAUCCCACGGUAGUUAUUGGGGUCAAAUUUGUCUCCAAUUUUGUGGAUUGGGAUGAUCAGUCCUUGGUUCCAAAUAUUGGGGAAGAUGCCAGAGCUAAGGAUGAUGUUAAAGAGUUUAAGUAUAGCCAAUUGGAAUUUGUGGUCUGUAUAUUUUAUCAUUUCAUUGAGGAUACCAUCAACACCACAGGCCUUUUUGGGUUGGAGGGUUUGUAUUUUGUCCUGUAGUUCAUUCAAUGUAAUUGAAGAAUCGAGUGGAUUCUGGUAGUCUUUAAUAGUUGAUUCUAAGAUUUGCAUUUGAUCAUGUAUAUUUUUUUGCUGUUUGUUCUUUGUAAUAGGGCCAAAAAUAUUGGAGAAGUGGUUUACCCAUACAUCUCCGUUUUGGAUAGAUAGCUCUUCGUGUUGUUGUUUGUUUAGUGUUUUCCAAUUUUCCCAGAAGUGGUUAGUCUCUAUGGAUUCUUCAAUUACAUUGAGCUGAUUUCUGACAUGCUGUUCCUUCUUUUUUCGUAGUGUAUUUCUGUAUUGUUUUAGUGAUUCAUCAUAGUGAAGGUGUCUCUCUCUCUCUCUCUCUCUCUCUCUCUCUCUCUCUCUCUCUCUCUCUCUCUCUCUCUCUCUCUCUCUCUCUCUCUCUCUCUCUAUCCCUCUCUCUCCCUCUUUCCAUACACGUUAACGCAGAACAACAGUCUACCAACCAUGAACAGACCCCGGUCACCAACCCUGUUUAUUUUGGCCAGAGCCAGCCCAGUAGAUUUACACCAGUGCCUUCACUGUCCCUUGUGUCCCGUUUGCCCAGACCUGUUUUCACAGUGGUAGCCUCCCAAAUGGCAGCCAAUUCCCUUUAUAGUGCACUACUUUUUACAACGGCCCAUAGGGCUCUGGUCAAAAGUAGUGUACUAUAUAGAGAAUAGGGUGCCAUUUGGGACACAUAAAUUCCCCAAUCCAGAAAGGGAGUGAGGGCUUUUCUGUUUCCUCAGUACCCCCCUGCCACCCUACUUUACCACCUAAAACCUAGCUAAUGUCUCCCCUGAUGGGAAAAAAUGUGUCCUUCUUUCUUGGUGUUUGUGUUGUUUUUCUGUCUCCCCUCCCUCUCACUACUCGCUGGCAGCAUGUUGUCUGUCUCCCCUCCCUCUCACUACUCACUGGCAGCAUGUUGUCUGUAUCCCCUCCCUCUCACUACCUACUGGCAGCAUGUUGUCUGUCUCCCCUCCCUCUCACUACCUACUGGCAGCACGUUGUCUGUCUCCCCUCCCUCUCACUACUCACUGGCAGCAUGUUGUCUGUCUCCCCUCCCUCUCACUACUUACUGGCAGCAUGUUGUCUGUCUCCCCUCCCUCUCACUACUCACUGGCAGCAUGUUGUCUGUCUCCCCUCCUUCUCACUACUUACUGGCAGCAUGUUGUCUGUCUCCCCUCCCUCUCACUACUCACUGGCAGCAUGUUGUCUGACUCCCCUCCCUCUCACUACCUACUGGCAGCAUGUUGUCUGUCUCCCCUCCCUCUCACUACUCACUGGCAGCAUGUUGUCUGACUCCCCUCCCUCUCACUACCUACUGGCAGCACGUUGUCUGUCUCCCCUCCCUCUCACUACUCACUGGCAGCAUGUUGUCUGUCUCCCCUCCCUCUCACUACCUACUGGCAGCACGUUGUCUGUCUCCCCUCCCUCUCACUACCUACUGGCAGCAUGUUGUCUGUCUCCCCUCCCUCUCACUACUCACUGGCAGCAUGUUGUCUGUCUCCCCUCCCUCUCACUACUCACUGGCAGCAUGUUGUCUGUCUCCCCUCCCUCUCACUACCUACUGGCAGCAUGUUGUCUGUCUCCCCUCCCUCUCACUACUCACUGGCAGCAUGUUGUCUGUCUCCCCUCCCUCUCACUACUCACUGGCAGCAUGUUGUCUGUCUCCCCUCCCUCUCACUACUCACUGGCAGCAUGUUGUAUGUCUCCCCUCCCUCUCACUACCACUGGCAGCAUGUUGUAUGUCUCCCCUCCCUCUCACUACUACUGGCAGCAUGUUGUUGUCUUCCUCCUCCCUCUCACUACUCACUGGCAGCAUGUUUGUAUGUCUCCCCUCCCUCUCACUACUCACUGGCAGCAUGUUGUAUGUCUCCCUCCCUCUCACUACUCACUGGCAGCAUGUUGUAUGUCUCCCCUCCCUCUCACUACUCACUGGCAGUAUGGCCCGAGGGAGCUAAGUGGCUGGUGUACAGGUGGAUGAAGAGGCAGCUUGCUGUUUGUCUAUCAGUCACUAAUGCAGUGUUAUACUGAGGAGUCACGUCCAUGCUUAUGAAUCAGCCUGGUACUUUAGCAUUUAAUAUUGCACUCAAUAUUGCAAUUCCAAUCUUUUAAUGUUGAUGCAGGUCUGGUUUAAUGUGUUUGAUUCAGAAUGUUGUUGUUUAUAUCGAUUGUUUUCUCUGUACGCAGCUCAACACAUUUCCAAUCUAUUUUAAUCAGCCUUGCGUAACAUGGCCAGUCGCCAGUCGCUCUCCUCAACAGUUUGCCAAUGGGGGAGUUAUGUCAUUGGGAGCGAGAGUUUGAACCCAGCCUAAGGACUUAACUUAAGGCCCACUGUAGAUAAGAUGCCUCCCCCUCAUCCCUGCGCAGGUGAAGGCAUUAGAUUUGGGGGUCAGAUCAAAUGAUUCCAAGGAAAUGUCUCAGGGUGUCUGAGGGUGACAGGGGAUGUGUCCCAAAUGGCACCCUAUUCCCUAUAUGGUGCACUACUUAGGGAGUAGGGUGACAUUUGGGACACACCUAUCUGUCCAAAGGGAGAGAGCUGAGGAGAAAACGGGGACAGGCUCACAGAUAUUGGGACUUAGUGUUUAUUACAAGAGGAUUUGCUCAGCUCACUGUGUGUGUGUGUGUGUGUGUGUGUGUAGGGUGGGGUGGGGGCAUGUGUGUAUGUUUGCGUGCCACACGAUGGGUGUGUGAGCACUGAGCAGCAGACGUGCGAGGGUCCAGCGCCCAGCCAGCAGAAGUGACAUUUCACUCUCGGCCGACGAAGUAAGCGGUUGUGAAAGAGAGUGUGUUGCCAUGGUAACGCCAAGUCUCCUCUUCUUCUCUGGGGCGUUGGUGGCCGUGGCGUCAGCCGAUUGGUAUGAAAUGGCAUCCUUCAGGCCCCUGUUAUCUUUAAAGACGGGGUUAAUUCGCUGGGCGCGCAUACUGAAUCCCCAACGCUUCGUCCCUCAUUCACAAUCUUAUCACAGUGUCGCCCUCGACACUGACAAAGAAAUCAAAUCAAGCGUGUCAUUUCUGUAGCCCAACUUUCACAGCUGUUUCCAUGGUGUGAGGGCAAGCGCUGUAAGCCUAUCACAAGAAAGACUGGGCUUCUUAGAUGUAAGGGUUAAGCGAGAUUCUGGGCAGAAUGAGCAGUCGGGCCAGUCAUGAGUCUCUCUCUCUCUCUCACACACAAACACACAGGCUGGUCUUUAAAGAGAUGACUUGGCGUGUGCCAGCUUGCAUGUUCCCCCCCACGGACUGACACGUUUACAGGCGUCGUAAGGUUUUAAAGGCUGUGGCCCAGAUCAUAAGCUGAUUAAGUGGUCUGACGCCUCGCGUGGCGGCAGCUAAAGCCCUUUUCCUUCCCUUGCUUCUCUGGGAAAUACUGCCCGGUUAGGGAGAAUCACAUCUCACACAGCCUUAGGCCUAGGCUUCGUCCCUGGAAAGGUCACCAGUUCAGCUAUAUUGUUGUGCUUAUGACUCAGCAUAGAUAAAGAGAAUUCCACCAUGCAGGUUUUGAAAAAUAUUGUGGUUCCAUAAAACCAUCUAGCAUCCGUUGAGAAGUACUGUAGUCGAUGGAGUGUAGAGCUGAAUGAUGAGACGGAAGGGACACAAAGGUAGUUCUAUAUGGUGAAUGUGAAUCCCAGCAUGUCCCUGCUGUUUGACACUACAUCAGUCAACAAUAGAAGGCAAAAGUAUGUGAGCACCUGCUCGUCGAACAUCUCAUUCCAGAAUCAUGGUUAAUAUGGAGUUGGUCCCCCUUUUGCUGCUAUAACAGCCUCCACUCUUCUGGGAAGGCUUUCCACUAGAUGUUGGAACAUUGCUGCGGGGACUUGCUUCCAUUCCGCCGCAAGAGCAUUAGUGAUGUUGGGCGAUUAGGCCUGGCUCGCAGUCGGUGUUCCAAUUCAUCCCAAAGGUGUUCGAUGGGGUUGAGCCUAGCCCGAACCAUGAAAAACAGCCUCAGACCAUUAUUCCUCCUCUACCAAACUUUACAGUUGGCACUAUGCAUUCGGGAAGGUAGCGUUCUCCUGGCAUCCGCCAAACCCACGUUCGUCCGUCGGACUGCCAGAUGGUGAAGUGUGAUUCAUCACUCCAGAGAACGUGGUUUCACUGCUCCAGAGUCCAAUGGCGGCUAGCUUUACACCACUCCAGCCAACGCUUGGCAUUGCGCAUGGUGAUCUUAGGCUUGUGCGGCUGCUCGGCCAUGGAGACCCAUUUCAUGAAGCUCCCGACUGCUGACGUUGCUUCCAGAGGCAGUUUGGAACUCUGUAAUGAGUGUUGCAACUGAGGACAGAUGAUAUUUACGCGCUAGACGCUUCAGCACUCAGCGGCCCCAUUCUGUGAGCUUGUGUGGCUGAGCUGUUGUUGCCUGUAGACAUUUCCACUUCACAAUAACAGCACUAGCAGGGCAGAAAUUUGACGAACUGACUCGACGAUGCCACGUUGAAAGUCACUGAGCUCUUCAGUAAGGCUAUUCUACUGCCGAUGUUUGUCUAUAGAGAUUGCAUGGCUGUGUGCUCGAUUGUAUACACCUGUCAGCAACGGGUGUGGCUGAAAUAGCCGAAUCACUAAUUUGAAAGGGUGUCCACAUACUUUUGUAUGUACAGUAUAUUGUAUAAUCCUUAAGGUUACAAUGCAUUUCCUAUCACUAACUUCUCCCCUUGGUAGAAUGGAGCACCACAGUAUUAAUGUAUCUCUAUGGAAAGCACAGUGUAGGGGCGGGGAGACGUCUGCUAGGGGAUUGAUGAUGAUCUGAACACCCACUGGAGAGGAGAAAUGGGGGUCCUUCAGAAGGUCAGAGCCACUGCUGAGCGGCUAACGGGACCAUCGGUUACCUCACGCUCCUGACGGAUGGGUGUGUGUGGGGCGAGGUUGGACCGUCACAUGAGAUGUGCCCGUCCAGUGUAGUGUCGACACAUCAUAGAUUGUGUGUGUCUGUGUCUCUGCGUGUGUGUGUAUUCUAAAACACCCCGGUCCUUUGAAAGUGAGCAUACAGUUGUUUUAUUAAUCUAUCAACCCAUUCCUGCUUUCCAACGCCACACUAGUAGAAGGAGGUUGAGAAUGUUUUUAUUUUCUGUUGGCAUUAGACCACUGCAAAGUUCCCAGGCGGCAUUGGCCAAAGGGGUGAAUUGCCUGGCAUCCCACUGUUACCAGGGGAAACGGCAACAGUUUUAGGUAUCGCAGAAUCAAUCGCUGAGUCAAUUUUCUGCUUGAGCGCGCAGCAGGCUGCACUGCUGCACUAGGAUCUCUGUUUGCAGUGGGAAAGAUUUGGAUAGCGCACUACCGAUCUGCUCCGUUUCUUUUUUGUUCCUACCACCUCGACUAUGCCCCCCAUCCCUACCAACCACGCCCCCCUGCAGCCUAGCAGAGAGAGCAAGACAAGCCUUUCUAUGUCUGUCUCCCGUGGUGCAGAAAAUGCCUGCUGACCCAUCCAAACAGCAUCUCUCUCCCUCUCUCUCUCGCUUUCUCUCUCUCCCCCUCUCCUUCUCUCUCUCCUUCUCUCUCCGUCUCUCUCUCUCUCUCUCUCUCUCUCCCUCUCUCUCUGUCUCUCUGCUUGUGAAAAUGUAAUAGUGUAGUUGAUCCUGGGCUGGGUUCAACAACAUCUUUGAGACACCAGUGUGAAGCCAAUGGAAAUAUCCCAUGUGAUGGACCACUCUGUUCAUACCUGUCGCUGAGGAAGAACCUGUGGGCUUUUAUAUCAUAACGUGCUACUUUUGAGAGCAUUUUUACUGUAAUGAUGGUUCUUCUGUCAAAGUGCCAGAGUCUGUAGAUCACAGGUGUCAGACUCACCCCACGGAGGGCAGAGUGUCUGCGGGUUUUCGCUCCUCCCUUGUACUUGAUUGAUGAAUUAUGGUCACUAAUUAGUAAGGAACUCCCCACACCUGGUUGUUGAGGUCUUAAUUGAAAGGAAAAACCAAAAAACUAUAGACACUAUGCCCUCCAUGGAAUGAGUUUGACACCCCUGCUGUAGAUGACUCAAUGAUGGUGAAUAUUUGGCUCCACAUAGAAAGUACCUGCCAUUUCAUUUUCAAGCCAAAUUGUUCUCUCAGUAUAUGAGACCCUGUGUACAUGUAUUCAUCCAGUUGUGUUCCUGAGAUGAACAACUGUUGAUGUAACUAUGGUAUGUCUGUUUAUCUGUCUCCCGUGCAGAAUCGGUGAAGAGCAUCCCUCUGCCUGGCAGCAUGAACGGAGGUGCCCCCGGUGCCCACCAGCCUCAGCGGGCAGCAGCUGGCCUCUGCCAUCCCCUCCCCCACCGCCGGAAAGUCCUGGCGCAGCAAAUCCAUGAACAUGAAGCACAGUGCCACCUCCUCCAUGCUCUCAGUCUCCACCUCGCCCUCUCCCUCGCCCACCCCACCCCCCUCCGACCGCCUACGGCCUCCCAUGACCGAGGCGCCCAAGUCGGGCUCUGUCACUGGCGCGUCCCAGAGAUCCAUGCUGGACAAGUUCCGGAUGAUAAACCCUCGCUCGGCAUCGCGGACCUCGCCGUCGGUGGCCGAGAUGGCCUUGCAGGAGGAGGAUGACAUGUCGGAGUACGGCGAGGAAGGGCUAAGCAUAACGGAGCCUACGUCGUCAAUGUGUACUAGCAGCACCAGCAGCGCCAAGCAGCUGGCCAAGUCUGCCUCGCCCCCUUCCCUGGCAGCAGCCAACAAGGGCUGUGUGAAGGGCUCGUCCCCCUCCGGCGGCGGCAGCAGUAAGUCCCUGCCCCAGCCCAAAGACAAGGAGGAUAAGAGCAGGAGCAGAGGAGACAAGGCCAUCACCUCUCCCAAAGAGGAACAACGGGAACCCAUGGUGGAUCCAACCAAGAAGACCUCUAAGAUUGCCAGCCUCAUCCCCAAGGGAGGCAAGCCCGCGGCGGGCAAGAAGGACAUUGCCAUCCCCCCUGCCUCCAGUGGAAUCCCCAAGCCUGGGCUCAAGGCCCCCUCGGCUACGGGGAAGCAGGCCGGCGGUCAAGCCCAGACCCAGACCCAGACCCAGACCCAGACCCAGACCCAGACCACCCAGGGUGGUAGUGGAGGAGGCAGGGAAGGGGACAAGGCCAAGGUAGUUAAAGGGGGCCAGGGGGGCUACUACAUGCAGCAGCGGUCCCUGGGGGGCCUGGAGGGGCGGCGGAGCAACAUGGUGUCUUCCACCAGCACCUCGGCCCUUUCCCAGCCCCCAGGGGCCAUGGGAGGGAACGGAGCGGUGCAGCUCCCCCAGCAGCAGCAGCACAACCACCCCAACACGGCCACCGUCGCCCCCUUCAUGUAUAGGUGAGACUGUAUGUGUAUGUGCAGGUGAGCCUGUCUGUGUGCAGGUGAGCCUGUGUGUGUGUGUGUGUGUGUGUGUGUGUGUGUGUGUGUGUGUGUGUGUGUGUGUGUGUGUGUGUGUGUGUGUGUGUGUGUGUGUGUGUGUGUGUGCGCAUGCGUGCAUGCGAUUGUUUGUGUGACAAUGGGGAUUGGGUGGGGUGUUCUGCCGAAGGUUUCUCUAAUGAUUGGUGUGUUCAUUAGCUAUGAAGCGUUUUUCUAUUAGCUAGCUACACCACUAGUAGCGUGGGGGAGUAAUCCCAUCAAGCCAAGAAUCCUCAUCUGACAGCCUUUGUCUUCAAGGCUGUUAACUGACUUGGAGUUUUCUAUAGAGGGCUUUGUAGGAUGUUCACUUAAAAUGGAAAGAAAAAUACAUAAUCAAAUCACAAUUACCCAAAUGAGCUCUUGUUCACCUCAGCAGGUUGUUAGAAUGACAGCCCAAACUAACCUCAGCAGGUUGUUAGAAUGAUAGCCCAAACUCACCUCAGCAGGUUGUUAGAAUGACAGCCCAAACUCACCUCAGCAGGUUGUUAGAAUGACAGCCCAAACUCACCUCAGCAGGUUGUUAGAAUGACAGCCCAAACUCACCUCAGCAGGUUGUUAGAAUGACAGCCCAAACUCACCUCAGCAGGUUGUUAGAAUGACAGCCCAAACUCACCUCAGCAGGUUGUUAGAAUGACAGCCCAAACUCACCUCAGCAGGUUGUAAAGUGGUUAUCCCACUGGCUACAGGGUGAACUCACCAAUUUGUGAGUCGCUCUGGCUAAGAGCGUCUGCUAAAUGACGUUAAUGUGCCCUUGAGCAAGGCACUUAACCCUAAUUGCUCCUGUAAGUCGCUCUGGAUAAGAGCGUCUGCUAAAUGACUAAAAUGUAAAUGUAAAUGUUGUUAGAAUGACAGGCCAAACUCACCUCAGCAGGUUGUUAGAAUGACAGCCCAAACUCACCUCACUACCUCCAUGUCCUGAUGUCUAAGCCUGCAGCAUAACCCCAAGGCCCUCUGUUCCACCUGACAUAGUUCAGCUGAAUUUGUGUCUGAACUGUCCAUCACUUGGGUAUUUAUAUGCAGGAAAUGUCCCUUGUUUGCCACUUGAUUUCUGCGAAGGAGUUCAACUUUGUUGAGAACUUCCACUCCUUUAUCCGCAUCCCCCCCUUCUGUCAUUGUGGUGCCAAGGCUCGUUAGAUAACCCUACAGUCACACACACACACACACGAGGGCUGGCCCUCCCACUGCACACCUCACAAUGCGGCCCGUCCAGUCACACUCCACCUUGAUGUGUGUACAACCAAUUGAAUCACUACGUCCCAUCGUGCCCCAAAACCCCUAUUAUUAGAGUGUCUGGAGAGAAUUGGAAGCCUUGAUUCCAGACGGAUGCCGCCCAUCAAAGCUCAUUUCCCACCUUUCAAUCUGUCGCCUGUAUGAGGGCCACUGAUGUCAGAGACAGAGCCUGUACAUGAUGGCGGGCAUGCUAACGACAGUUCUCGCCAUUGGACUCAAUCUCCUGAUAGAUGAUGAGGGAGGGAGGGAGGGAGGGAGGGAGGGAGGGAGGGAGGAAGGGAGGGGGGGGAGGGAGAGAAUCCUAUUAACGACCCAUAAUCGGCUUCAGAGGAACUUUUCCCUCUCUUCUCUUUCUCUCUAUAAUUCCAGAAAGGGCUCAACCACGGUCCACAAUGCACUCUGCUGCUCACUGACUCACCGUUGAGAAUUAGUCUUCAUCCGUUCAAUACACCUCGCCAUCUUGCUCAUCAACAGGCAUCCCUGAUCAUCAUUCAUAGGCAGAUGCAGGUGAUGGCUGUUGUUCUCAAACCUGUUUUCCAUAUGCAUUAAAUGGGAGACAAGCGACGCACAAAAUACACUGCAAUGUCAUGCCAUUAAAAAGUGAUUUUCUUCAUAUCCCUCUCCUACUUUGUAUUCAUGUCAGGUCCUAAUCAUGCGCAGCUCAGCUACUUAACCAAGAUGCAAUCAACCCAAAUGAAAAGCACGUUGUCUUCUGUGCUCAGCAGCCAACAGGUUGACAUGCUCAGUUCUAGCUCAUCCCAUCACUCACACUCCCGCCUACCUCUCCCCUUCUGUUGUCCAAUCCUGGCUGUAGCAUCCCAUGUCUCCCUCCCUCCCCCUUUCCUGUGUUUCUCCCACUCCGGGGGGAGGUGUGCCCCCGCCGCCGACCUGCCUGACAGAGGAAGAACUGUCAACAGCCUCGCACUUAGGGCCUCCCGCUGCGCAGUAAUUUACCAUCAUUUCAGGGCCAAUUAGGUUUCUUCCCUCUCCUGUGCCACAGCAGAGCAGAGCAGCAGUUAGCUGCAGUUGGUGUUACGUUGAUUACAGUCCCCCUGCCUCCCCCUUUGACAGCAGCCGGGGAGGUGAUUGUAAGGCACUGCUGUGUGACGUAAACGUUGGAUGUGCGUCCUCUCCCUGACCUAAUUCGACCUGAGAUUCUCACUUACGAUUGGCUGUGCUUUGUUUUGUUCUCUGUACGUUUCUCAGGGGGUUUUAAGGACUGUUUUGAGAUCCUUGUUAUACAACUUUAUAACAUACAUUCCUAAACUGAGUUGCCAGAAUAUAUACCCUCCCCCAGUAAACAAUUAAUUUACACAUUCCUACAUUUUGUACAGGUUGUCAAAUUGCUGCCAUAUUUCUGAAUGUCUCUCUGUGCAAUUCUAUGGAGCUAUAACUAUUUUGUAGGGUGGAUGUUAGAAACCGAGUUUCACGAUGCUGAACUCAUUGGCUGAUGCAGCAGACCGUGGAUGCCAGUUUAUCUCUGGCGGUGCAGGUGGCUGGAGAAGGUUUUAUUGUGGGUGUGCCGGUGCGGUAGAGUUAUCUAGCAGCCGUCAAACGUCUGGCUGUGUUUCUCACAUCUCUGCCCAGGGCCAGGGAACAAACACAGGCGCAUACCAAAUGACACCCUAUUACCUUUUUAGUGCACUACUUUUGACCAGGGCCCAUAGGCUAUAGGGAGACAGGGAGUGCAAGCCAGUAUGUGGAUUUUGACUGCACAUAGGCAGGCUCAUGAUACAGAGACAAACUUCCAUUUACCCAUCUAACCCUCACAUCAUCCAAGAGAUACCCCUGAGAUGUUCAUCUCCAUCUAUUGAAAAUGUGAAAAAGCACAUAUCAAAAUAUUUCAAUCCGGCUCCAGUUGUUGUUUUUUUACCACAGGAAAACACAAACACACUAUACAGUGUGGCUCCUGAAUAACCAUGGCUUUGUUUGUUUCUCCCAGGACGUACUCCGAGAACGACUGUACCACGGUGGCCCCCUCAGACCACUGCCUCAGCCCCACCAAGGGAGACCUGGUCUACAGCAAGACCGCCAAACAGUGCCUGGAAGAGAUCUCAGGUAGGCAACACUUGCUGACACGCGUGUGUGUGUGUUUGUUAUAGUAUAUUCUAUGUGUGUAUCGGUGCGUGUGUGUACUUUCCGGUGAACGCGAGUUUGUGUUUGAGGCAACGAGGGGGGUCCUUUGAUCACCGCCUCACAUGGCGAAGGGAAAAGGUCAGGAACGACCGGCAGACACAGGACGCAUCUGUGGCCCUUUGUUUAUGUGGUUGCUCGCGGUUGCCAUUGGUUAUGCCCCAGCCUAGCUGUGGGGAUGUGGCGGCUUAUCCGGAUAGACAGCGGCCAGAGGCUGCAGGAGACAAAGAUAGCUAGAAUCAGCCUGUAUUAUCUGGGUGGUGGGCUGGGCUGCAACUCAGCCUGGCGUUUACACAGAGACUGAUAGAAUUUCAAUGCGAUGGAAAUGUAAUGUGGAUAAUGUCCUUUGGAAAUUAUGACGUGUUAUUACGUAGCUUUGGUGUUGCAGGUCAGGUAUCUGCCAAAUCACAGUACAUCCAUUGUAACAUAGAAAAUCGAUAUCGAUAUGUAUUCCUGCCUAGCGGUUCUACAUGUUAACUAAACGUACUGAAUGUCUUAGGUCUUGCUCUACUAUAAGCUGAUUUGUCGUUUGGGUAUGGGAAAACAAAAGAUUGCUCUGUCACAAAACAAAUCACUCCCCAAAAAAACACACGUUCUAAAAAUCGUCAUCUACAAAGGGAAUGAUCCCUACCAAGCGCUGCUUUAGUCCUCUGAAUGUAUGCCUUUACAAAGCCACGCCCAAAGUAAAAUGUCUGGAAUGUUGUGUUUUUACAUCUCCAAACCUAUAAUAUACAUACUGUGGUCACGGCACAAUGUGCACCGCGGUCAGCGAGAUUCGAUUGAACUUUGUGCUUUGAUUUGUUCUUGAUGGCUCAUUUAUGAAAACGUGUGCAGUUGUGCUCUACUCAGACAGUGUGAUUGUGGUGUUUUGGGGGGCUUUUUGUGAAUGUAUGUAAAUGAUAAAUGAGGAACCAUGGUGGUUCACUUCUGAAUCAGGACAAUUAUGUUGAUUUUUGUGCAUGGUGAAGUUGCCCCCAGACACUGAUCUUGGGUCAGUUUUGUUUUCCCUCACUAUUCAUAAGGUAAGGAUUUGGGGAGGGAAAGCAGAUCCUAGAUCGGUACCUAGGGGAAACUGCACCCUUGUUUUUCUCUUAGUUUUUACUCCUUAAUUGCUCCUUGCCUGGAAUGUGAGUCUGUGGUAGCCUCUGUAGUGAAGGAAGUCUUUCAAAAAGCUACUUAUGGUUCAUCAUCUUCGGCUACAUUUCCUGCAGCACUGAUACAUUUAAUGUACAUUUAGGUUGUUUAACAGACAGAGCAACUUACAGUCAUGUCACAGAAGAUUGACCAUGAGUCAGUGGAGAUGAUUGGCCAUGUAAGGUCAAUGUAGUGGUAGGCAUAUAAAUGCAGUAUAACUUGCAGCAGUUGAACAGCAUCUUUAGCCAUUCCAGGGGUUCCUGGUUCCAACCACUUACAGGUGUAGGAUCAUAAUUUGAUCACCCUGUUGUUGCAGGAAACUCACAGGUGUGCUGUCCAAACAACUCCAAAUUUCCAUUUUUAAAUGUCAGACUUGAUUUGCCCUAACUAAAAAUGUAUCAACCCCUACAAAAAGGUCCAAUAAUUAUAAUCGACAAAAUAAUACACAUUUCCUGUUUGCUGAAUGAUUGUUUUCCUUCUGUGAGAAACUGGUCAGAUUAAGAUCCUACACUUGUAAAUACCAUCUCUGUCCAUGGCAGUUAAUGUCACCUUGGAUAUGGUUGUUCAGGGCAACUGCUACCGUGAGUUACUCUGUUUCACGAGCUUAUAGCAUGUGUGGUCAUAUGGAGGCUGUUGUUUGUCUAUGGUGUGUGUGUCUGUACAGUUGAGGCUAUUAAUGCUAGAGUAAGUGUUGAAGCUGUUGACAGACAGCCUGCAGUCAAGGCGAGAGGAGAGCUGGAGCUUUACUCUUUACCUCAUUAACCCUGUAGCAUUUAAUUAGCUUGUGCAUCAGCGCAGCGUGGCUAUCAGGGAGCCAGAACUCACAGGUGUGCUGUCCAAACAACUCCCAGUCACACUGGUUUUUAUCAGGGGAGGAGAAGAGGGAGAGGGGGAGGAAAGAGGGAGGGGGAGGAGAAGAGGGAGAGGGGGAGGAUAAUGGGGAGAGGUGGAGGAGAAGAUGGAGAGGGAGGAGGAAAGCGGGAGGAGAAGGGGGAAAGAGGGAGAGGGGGGAGAAGAGGGGGAGGAAAGAGGGAGAGGGGAAGCAGCGUUGCAUUUUCAUCCUUUGGCUCUCUUUCGCUCACACACACACUCCAAAAGUACCUUGCGACUUGUGGGCAGACGUGGAGACUGAAGACGCGUGCUUUGAUGGUCGGCAGUAGCCACAGCAGAGGCUGCCACUACUGCAGCAGAGGAAAGGGAGACUAGCGAGACAAGAGAAAGAGAGAGAGAGAAGAAGGGAGAAACAGAUGAGAGGCAGGGAGAAAGAGAGAGAGCAGCGGAGGAGAGGGAGGAUAGAAUUGCAGGCUGAAUGCUAAAAUGAACAGAGCGGAGAGAUUGAGUGCUGGCUCCAUUCUCUGGUGUGAGGAGAGGAGAGAGGGAGAGAAACAGAGGCUCUGCUGAGCUGGUAAUUAACAGGAGAGGAGAGAGAGGAAUGAAAAGGCUCCCCUCUGCUCUUAAUAGAGAAAGAGAAAGAGAGAGAGAAGGAGAGAGAGGAAGAGAGAGAGAAGGAGAGAGAGGAAGAGAGAGAGAAGGAGAGAGAGUGUAAUAGAGCAGAGGAGCGAGAGAUCGCGUGAGAAAGAGAGAGAUGUAAAAUCGCAUUCAUCCACACCCCUCACCGCUCCUUGCUGUUUUGAGGUGGAAAACAGAGGGUAGGAGUGAGAGAGAGAGAAGAGGAGGAGGAGGAGGUAAAGGAGUGUCUGUUUUUCGUGUUGGUGUGUGUUUGUGGCACCAGUUAUUGGCUGGGUGACCAUGGGAAUGCAAUGUCUGGUGGAUGGCUCUGGACUCUGCUGUGCGUGAGGGGGGAGUUUUUCCAUCCAGGCGUCUGCGGUAUGCUCUCCAUCCCUCCAUCUGGAUGAAGCCUGGACCCUCGGUGAGCGCUGGACACAAGGGCCACCUGAGCCCUCCCCCCUCCCCAGAUAGAGGAGUCUUCACCUCUCUCGCCACCCUCUUCUCCUCUCCCCUCCUCCGAUCACCGGCCACCACUGCCAGAAUGUGA